UCUAAAGUGAACCAGUAAAGUAAAAUGUUCUAAAAGACUAAAUUCUACAAAUAAUACGACAAAAAUACUAGUAAUACUUGUAAUAACAUCAAAACUUCACAAACCAGCAACAAGCACUAACUUUCCUAUGUCGUUAAUUAGAGCUGUAAUUUUAGUAACGGCUUUGUUCGCGUUCGAAACAAAUGAAUUUGUACAAGAGAGAUGGUGGCUUUCAUAUUUGCCGCCGAGUCAUUUAAAAUUUUACGAGGCCGCUAUGAAGUCGGGCUUGAAUAAUACAUUUACAGUUGUAAAUACAAAUUCCGCAACAACGAAGCCGGCUGUGGCUGUAACGAUUAGUACUCCAAAAGUCACCGUCCUGGCAAAUGCAACCGAGCUCGCAAUGGCUGCAGCCCUAACAACUUCCACUCCAAACAUUGCUACCAUUUUGCGUCCAUCGGAAAGUCAGCUAAUUGCAGAUCCUCUAAAUAAUUUGGAAGCACUGACAUCCUCAACUGGGAAUAACUACAUUUUUAACUAUUUUUUCUUUAGAAAUGAUUCCGUUAAGACAAGCACUGAGAACGCCUCGAUUGAUAAAGAAGCUACAGACGCUAAUGUGGAAAAUGAUAUAAAAUACAGAAUCCAACCGGACUGCGCUAACGUUAACAAUUCCGGUGUUUACUUGGUACGUGUGGAAUUAUAUAGUCAACGUCCUUUCAUGAUCUAUUGUCAAGUUAUGGAUGAUGAUAAGCACGGUUGGUUGGUAAUACAACAACGUGACUUCGAUGAUCCGCUCAUCGACUUCAAUCGCAGCUGGGCGGAUUAUCGCGCAGGUUUCGGUGUAAUGGAUGGCAGUUAUUGGUUGGGUCUAGAGAAGAUUUGGGCCAUUACACACAGCAUGUUGCAUGAGAUGACCAUUUUGCUGUUAGAUUUUAAUAACAACUUUCGUUGGUAUCGCUACAGCCUCUUCAGCAUUGCGGAUGAAGAACAAAACUACACUUUGAAUUUGUUGGGCUUAAAAGGUGGAACGGCAGGUGAUAGUUUGAAAGAUAGCAAGGGACAAAAGUUUAGCACAUACGACAGGGAUAAUGAGGGGAAGUGUGCGCAGAAAAUGCGAGCUGGUUGGUGGUAUAAGGAUUGUGAAAUCGGAAAUCUUAACAGUCCGUUCUCUAAGCAAUUGACGGAAAGCUAUGACGGUGUUAUGUGGCCGACGUUUCAUAUGGAUAAACCUUUAAGUACUGUGAAAAUACUGGUGCGUGCAAAGAAAUAUGAGGAGAAUUAGACUACAAAGAAUUAAAGGGUUAAGAAAAAUUAUUUUCAAGUUAUUUUGAUGGUGUUUCAUAAUAAAUGAUUCGUUUAAGAUGGAAAAAAGGACCAAAUUAAAAA